AUGAAAACUUACUCUGCUUCGAACAAAACUGAUGAAGUUCAACAACGAAUUGCUGUAAUUACUCCAUAUAAAGCUCAAGUUCGUCUUCUUCGAUCAUAUCUACCUCGGUAUAUUGAAAUUAUGACAGUCGAUAGUUCACAAGGCAAGGAAAAAGAUAUUGUUAUACUUUCAUGUGUGCGUAGCGGUGGUACAAUUGGAUUUUUAGAUGACAUGAAUCGUGUUAAUGUCAUGUUAACUCGACCGAAAAAUGAACAGUUAAUACAAAAAAAUCGUUGA